AAUAUAUGUCAUAUUUUUAUCUGACGUUUUCAAACUAUUACAUAAACCAUGCUUCUAUUAACGUUUUUUGGAAUUGUAAGCGUGCUAGCUACAUUUGCCCUCUAUAGCGCUGGAUUAACCACCUGUUCUAAAAUUAAAAAACAAAAAAAUACUGAUGGUAUAUCCCCGUUUCCUUUUAUAUUUGGAUUAUUAUGUGCUGCAAUUAAUUUUGAGUAUGGAAUAUAUAAAGAUGAUAAGUCUAUAAUCUGUACUAAUGUAUUUGGUAUAAUAUGUCAAUCAAGCUAUGUUGUAUUAUAUAUAUUUUUUUCAAUGCAGAAGAAACAAUUAUUAAAAAUGACUGGAUUAACUUUGAUGAUAAUUGGCUUAAUAUCAUUAUAUGUUUUUCAUAUCAAACAACAAAAUGAAUACCUGGCUAUUCAAUAUUUGGGUAUUAGUUCAUGUACAUUGGCACUAAUAUUUUUUGCCUCUCCUUUGGCAUCAGUGCUUACCGUAUUCAAAGAAAAAAGUGUUAAAUCAAUGUCUUUUACAUUUUCAAUGGUUGCUUCUCUUGUUUCAUUGAGUUGGACUAUAUAUGGAACCUUGAUAUCAGAUCCUUAUAUACAGAUACCAAAUUUUUGUGGAUUUUUGAUCAGUAUGUUUCAAUUAUACUUGUUUUAUCAUUUUAAAGAACUUCCAAAAAGCAAAAAUAUUGAAUAUAACAUCUUAUAG